AUGUGGGGGGAAGGGGGUAUAAGGGGGGGGGUGGGGAUGGGGUUGGUGGGGGAAGGGGUGUGGGGGUUUAGGGGGGUAGGGGGGUGUAAGGUGGGUGUAUGGGAGAAUAGGGAGUAUGAGGAUGUUAGGGUGGUGGGGGGGUUGGGGAAUUUGGAAUUUGGGAUAGUUGUGUUGGGGGGUGGUGGUUUUGAUUUAGGGGUUUUGGGUGGGGGGUGUUGUUUUUUGGUGGGGUGGGUUGAUUGUGUUUUGGGGGGGGGGGGGGGGGUUUGGGUAGUGGAUGUUGGGGGGGGUGUUGAUUGUGUUUUGGUUAAGUGUGGUUUGGGUGGGGGAAGGGGUGGUAUUGAUGGGGGGGGGGGGGGGGGGGGGUGUAUGUGUUGGGUGGGGGGGGAUGGGUGUGUAGGUGGGGUGUGGGUUGAGUGUGGGUGGAUAUUUGGGGGGGGGGUGUGGGGGGGGUGGGGGGGGGGGGGGGGGAUGUGGUUGGGGGGGUGGGAGGGGGUGUAUAUGGGGGGGGGUGUGGGGGGUUGUAGGGUGUUUUUGAGUAUUGGGGGGGGGGUGUUGGGGGGGAUUGGGGGGGGUGGGGGGUGUGUGGUUUGA